UCCCAUGUGACCCACCCUCCCUCCUCGCGCUCGCUCUCCUCCCUCUUCCUCACACCACCACCACCACCACCACCACGACGACCCCUCCUCCCUUUCCCUCUCCUCGCGUCCCCUCCCAAAAAAAGCCACCGCACCAAAAGGGGGAGGGAGGAGGACUCACAGGGACCGCCCGCCUCGCUCUCCUGCACACCGGAUUCGGCGCCGCGCGGCGGUGGUUGCAGCGGCGGCCUGGCGCGGCGGCGCGGGAGAUGUCGUCGCGGUCGGGGUCCGUGGGCGGCGGGAGCUCCGCAGGCGGCAGCAGCGCGGGGGGAGGCGCCGCGGUCCCGCUGGCCGUGCUGCUGAGGCGGGAGGUCGCCAGCGAGCGCACCGCGUCGGAGCGCCCGGAGCUGCAUUCGGGGCUCUUCAGCCAGGCCAAGAAGGGCGAGGACUUCACCUUCCUCAAGCCCGACUGCGAGCGCCUCCCCGGCGUCCCGUCCUCCUCCUUCUCCGCCUUCGGCCUGUUUGAUGGGCAUAAUGGGAACGGAGCCGCGAUUUACACAAAGGAGAAUCUAUUGAACAACAUCUUGAGCGCGGUCCCUGCUGAUCUCAACAGGGAAGACUGGCUUGCUGCGCUCCCGAGAGCGCUGGUUGCUGCAUUCGUCAAAACCGAUAAGGAUUUCCAGACAAAAGCACGUUCUUCAGGGACAACUGUGACAUUUGUCAUAAUAGAUGGAUUGGUCAUUACCGUCGCAUCAGUUGGCGACUCCCGUUGUGUACUAGAAGCUGAAGGCUCAAUUUACCAUUUAUCUUCUGACCAUCGAUUUGAUGCAAGUAAAGAGGAGGUUGACCGUGUAACUGAAUCUGGAGGUGAUGUUGGAAGGCUAAAUGUUGUUGGUGGUGCCGAGAUUGGCCCCCUUAGGUGUUGGCCUGGAGGUUUGUGCUUAUCUAGGUCAAUUGGAGAUCAAGAUGUUGGCCAAUUUAUUGUCCCAGUUCCUCUCGUGAAGCAAGUAAAGCUAUCUACUGCGGGAGGCCGACUUAUUAUUGCAAGCGAUGGUGUUUGGGAUGCCUUGUCUCCAGAAGCAGCUUUUAACUGUUCACGUGAACUUCCUCCAGAGCCUGCAGCUGAACAAAUUGUUAAAACAGCUGUUCAUUCAAAAGGACUGCGGGAUGAUACCACCUGUAUUGUCGUUGAUAUAGUAGCAGAAAAAAACAGCUCCUCCAUGCCCCUUCCUAAAAAGCAACAAGGAAUUGGCGUCUUCAAAAAUAUGUUCUGCAAGAAAAAAUCGUCCGACUCAUCGUCCCAUGCGGAUAGAGAAUAUAUGGAUCCAGAUAUUGUGGAGGAAAUGUUUGAGGAUGGAUGUGCGCUUCUUUCUAGACGGCUUGAUUCUGAAUAUCCUGUUCGAAAUAUGUUCAAGCUCUUCAUAUGUGCCAUUUGUCAAGUAGAGUUGAAGCCAAACCAAGGGAUAUCUGUACAUGAAGAUUCAUCACAACCUGGCAGCUUGCGUCGCUGGGAUGGUCCAUUCCUUUGCCAGAGCUGUCAGGAAAAGAAAGAAGCAAUGGAGGGAAAGCAUCGUUCGCGAGAUUCAUCAAGAAACAGUGGGUCAGGUGAAUAGUUGUCAUGUGUAGAUUGAUCAGGUAACUACUGACCAACAACGCCCCGGCGCCACCGAUUUUGCAGCAUAUUCUUCUGUUGUGGCACUUCCUUGAUCACAUGGAAUGUCUGGGAGUUCUGAUCUAGAACUAGAGUGAAGUAUUGAAUUGCCAUUUGUGGAGGUGGCUGCAGCAAUUGAGAAGCAUGCUUUCUCUUACAGCAAGGUUCUUGCCCAGGAGUGUAGGCAGCUUUACUCUCCCUUUGACCUUGAUGGCACAUACAGGUUGAAGGUGACAGAAUGGUGUGGCAUGCCUAUUUUAAGGUCAAUUGCUGCAAUGCAAAUCACUUAUCGUAUAGAGCUCUGACGAAUAGCUACAGCAUUGUGAUUCUGAAAUAGGACUUAGGUGAGAACAUCGAUUUUUCGCCCCUGGCCUUAAUUUAGGGUCGAGUAUUUAUCGUUCCCUGUUGAGGUCCAUCCUUUGCUGACACCAAUGUAAUUAGCAUCUAAAGAAAUCAUUUGAAACUGCUGUGAUUCAUCAGCAAGACAUUUUGGUUGUCAUGUACAAUGUACAGAAUGAGAAUCUUGCUAACAAAGACGGAUCUGUUUCUUCUUC